AUGGCCAUAAAAGUUGUAGAGAAUGAAGAUGUUGGGGCAAUCACUACACACAGUGAGAGAUUGCAAAAAAGAAAGCUGGAAGAACAGUUUGCAAUGUUCUUAGACAUCUUCAAAAAGCUUCAUGUCAACAUCUCACUGAUUGAAGCUAUAUCUCAAGUACCGAACUAUGCAAAGUUUUUGAAAGAGAUCCUAUACAAAAAUGGAAGGAUUACAGAUUUUGAGACCAUAAAGUUAAAUGAAGAGUGUAGCGCCAUCCCGCAGAACAAAUUACCUCCUAAGCUACAAGAUCCAGAGAGUCUCAAAAUACCUUGCUCAAUGGGGAAUUACUCAAAUUUUAAUUGUUUAUGUGACUCAGGAGCAAAUAUAAAUCUAAUGCCUUUCUCUGUAUAUAGGAAAUUAGGAUUGGAAGAGCUAAAAGGCAUAUCCAUCUCCCUUCAAUUGGCAGACGAAUCAAUCAAAUACUCCCGAGGAGUGGUUGAGAACGUGCUCAUUAAAGUGGGCAAAUUCAUAUUCCCUGUUGAUUUUAUUGUCCUAGAUAUAGUGGAGCCAGGGGAUACAUCAUUACUUAUCUUAGGGAGAUCCUUUCCAUCAACAAGCUGCGCUAUCAUAUACUUUGAAAGUGGAGAAUUGACAUUUAGAGUGGAAAAUAAGCAAGAGAACUUCAAGAUCUACACCAAUAUAGAGAAUCUAGUAUAUAGAGAGAUCAAUAAAAGGGCUAAGGAAGAGUGCAAGUACAUCGCUGAGCAACAAGGAUCGAAUGAGACAAAGCCUAAAAAUUUAGAAAACCAUGGAUGGGAGGAGAAUGGAUAA